AUGCAGUAUGUGGGCAAGCUCAUGUCGUCUGUGUACAAUACCAUUACGCCGAACAUCAAUCCGUCGACGCUCACGGGAGCGAUUGAUGUGAUUGUGGUGGAGCGCGACGUGGUCGUCGAGGAAACGACGACGCAGCCGGACGGGUCGACGGCCACGCAGAAGCGGACGACGACCGAGAUGGCGUCCACGCCGUUCCAUGUGCGCUUCGGCAAAAUGAGCGUGCUGCGCCCUGAUGAGCGCAAGGUGACGCUGCAUCUGAACGACUCGCCGGAUCCGCUGCCGUACGCCAUGAAAGUCGGCGAGAAUGGCGAGGCGUUCUUUGUGAUUAAGGUCGAGAACCCCGACGAGCCUGUGCCGGACGCGCUCGUGACGAGUCCCGUCAUGAGUCCCACGCCAGGCACAGGUGAGCCGGUGCCUCUGCGCCUCGACGAGUCGCAUGCUGAGCCGCCCGCGCCCGAGGCGGCACCCGUCGAGCUGGAUCUCGAUAUCGAGGGCUACAAGUUCAGCAACAGCAACAGCCAAGUGGCGCUGAAGCAGGGCCAAAAGUUCGCCAACGAGCUGCCGCUGAAUCGGCAGCAUGGCGGCAACAACCCGCUGGUGCUAAGUGAGCGCCUCGAUCACCACAACCUGCGCUGGCAGCACCAGUUCCUGGGCUCCGUGUCCAAGCUCAUGGCGGUCACGCCCGGCCCCGACAAGCCCAAGACGCCGCCUGCUCGCUCGCGGCGCAUGAGCGACUCGUACAGCGAGGCUGUGCCGGAGCGCCCGCGCCUGGCCGCGUCGCUGAGCGACUCGGACUUGUAUGCGAGACGAGGCGCCGACGCGGCGACAGAGGCCGUGGCCUCCGAGGUCACCGAGCAGCCGGACAUGGAGGACGAGGUCGCCGGCACGCUGACGUGCGCUCCGGCCGAUCCGUACCUGUUCCAGCUGCGCGUGGACGACAACACGGUGUACUCGUUCGAGCUCAGUCUGUGCUCGCUGCCCGCACAGGACCAAGAGGCCGAGUACGUCUUUGACGAGGGCCGCGUGUCGUUCCAGCGCUUCCUCGAAGACGCCUCGAUCGUGCGUGAUCCGCGCCUGUGCAUCCGGCACAACGACGCAUACCACUAUCGCGAGCGCGAGUCGGACAUGUUCACGACCCUCGCCUACUACCGCGAUGUGCUCGUGCAGAACGGCACGCCCGUGCCCAAGUCGAGUGCAUGGAGCCGCUUUUGGCGUCGGCCGGCCGCGUCGAGCGACGCCGCGACGCCGACCGAGGCGCCGGCGCCGGCGCCGGCCGCGCGGCCCGAGACGUACGUCAAGACACUGCGUCUGUCGUCCGACCAGCUCAAGCAGCUCGGGCUGCAAAAAGGUGUAAAUACCCUCACGUUCAGCGUCACGUCGUCGUACUCAGGCGUCGCGACGUGCCGCGCGCGCGUGUUCUUGUGGGACUGUGACAAGCCCGUGGUCGUGAGCGACAUUGACGGCACGAUCACCAAGUCGGACGCCCUCGGCCACGUGUUCACGCUCAUGGGCCGGGACUGGACGCAUCUCGGCGUAGCCAAGCUGUACCACGACAUCGCGAAGAACGGGUACCGGCUCAUGUACCUCACGUCGCGUGCGAUUGGGCAGGCGGACAUUACGCGCGACUAUCUGCGCGGCAUCAAUCAGAACAACUACCAGCUGCCGGACGGCCCCGUGAUCAUGAGCCCCGACCGGCUCAUCGCGUCGCUGCACCGCGAGGUCAUUCUGCGCAAGCCCGAGGUGUUCAAGAUGGCCUGCCUCCGCGACAUUGCGCGCUUAUUCGGCGACGAUCCGAGCCAGCCCGACCACAAGACGCCGUUCUACGCCGGCUUCGGCAACCGCAUCACCGAUGCACUCAGCUACCGCAGCGUUAACAUUCCGAGCUCGCGCAUCUUUACGAUUGAUUCGAAUGGCGAAGUCAAAAUGGAGCUGCUCGAACUCGCCGGAUACCACACGUCGUACCCGAACAUGACGGACCUCGUCGACCAAAUGUUCCCUCCGGUGCCCAGCAUGCGACGCAACGAACACAUCGCCGCCUAUACCGAUUUCAACUACUGGCGCGACGACGGACGCGCGAGCGACAUCGCUCUGCCGCCCGACGAGGAGCUCGUGCCGGUCACCCUGCCGUCAUCGCCCCCGCAGCGCGGUGUGCGCAGCCCCAAGUCGCCUGCCUCGUCGAUCGGCUCGCCGUCAUCGCCUCCCCUGCCGCCCCGUGACGAUGCCACCGAGCGGCCCAGCCGCAUCCGGCGCCUCCUGGGCCUGAGUGGUCGUCAGCGGAGCAAGCCCCUCGAUCCUGCGCCUGAUGCACCGGCCACGAGUCCUCCCCCUGCGCCGCCCAGCGAGCCGUCGUCCCUCGCGGCGCUGGACGAGCAGGACAUGUCGCCCGAGGAACGCCAACGCGACAGGCGCCGACAGCAGCUCUUGUACGGCACCUCGUCCUUCUCUCGCAACGAUGCCAAGCAGGAAGCGGACGAGGACCCGCUCCUCGAGGCGGGUGAUAUCCAAUUCGAAUGGCGUGGAUAG